AUGGCAGGCACAGAUGAAACAGACGAUGCAAAGUGCCACCGGACACCUUUCUUGCCUGCUCUGCAGGAUUAUCUUGGUUUUACCAGGCAUCUUUCCCCUUCUGCUUUGUUGUUUGGUUAUUUGGUGACAGGCGCGAGUUUAGGCCAGAGCCGAGCACGACGCGUGAAGCUGGCCCUGCAAACCGGCAGUAUCGCUUGCGCCGGUCACCGUCGUGCGGUGGCCCAUCUGAACAGCGUGGAGGAUACCCAAGGCGCCCCCGCCCAGCAAGGCGCCGCGAAAGUGUCGUCCUUGCGGUUUGUGAAGCGUUUGCGUGGAGGCCAGUCGUGGGUAAAGCAGAUCUGGGAGAACUGCAGAUUCUUCAGCGUUAUUCUUCUGCUCCAAAUAUAUAUCCCACUCUUUGCCUUGACUUGGCCUUAUAGCCUUGGAGCUCGCUCGGAUGCUGGCUUGCGGCACGGAAAUGUGAUCACUGGAGGUCAUUAUGAUGUUGACUGUCGGUUGGAAGAUCCCGAUGGCAUCGUAUUGUACAAAGAGAUGAAGAAACAAUAUGAUAGCUUCACAUUUACUGCAUCCAGAAACGGAACAUACAAAUUCUGCUUCAGCAACGAAUUCUCUACUUUCACCCACAAAACUGUGUACUUUGAUUUCCAGGUUGGAGAAGAUCCACCACUGUUUCCUAGUGAGAACAGAGUAACUGCACUUACCCAGAUGGAGUCUGCGUGUGUUUCAAUUCAUGAAGCUUUGAAGUCUGUCAUCGAUUAUCAGACGCACUUCCGUUUGAGGGAAGCGCAGGGCCGCAGCAGAGCAGAGGAUUUAAACACGAGGGUGGCCUACUGGUCAAUAGGGGAAGCUAUCAUUCUUCUUGUCGUUAGUAUCGGGCAGGUAUUUCUCCUCAAAAGCUUCUUCUCAGAUAAAAGAACCACAACAACCCGUGUUGGAUCAUAACUGGUAGUAGUAAUGCUUCAGGUCAUUGUCUGCUACUCAUCUGUAAAAAUUACUGUUCUCCAAUUAAUUGCAGGUACAAAGGAUCUGAAUAUAUGCAACAUUCAAAUGUGUCUACCCCUCUUCCCUUAAAAAAUCACAAAACAAACCCAAAAUGUUAUGAAAGGGACACGAUUUGAAAUAUUUUAAAAAUACUUUGGAACUUAAUUUCGUUCUGAUUCCUGUAUUAAAUAUCUGGCAGUGACCAGCCUCUUCAUUUCUACUGGUUUUAAUCCAAACCGAGUUUGAUUUUUUCCAGUAAGAUUAACCAUCUGCAGUAUAACACUUUAAAAUAACCCAACAGUCUAGUGUCUGAUUAUCUGAGCCAAUAUAUAUGAAAAUCUGAUUUGAUUUUAAUUUUCAGGCUGAAUGUUUUGGAUUAUAAAAAGGCAAAUGUGAUGAACUGUAGUGCACUGUUUUGAUUUGCUGUUAAAAAAAAAUCCAAUGAUACCCCUUGCUUAUUUGUAAAAUUGUUGCAAGCUUGACACUACAUCACAGUGCAAAUUCUCCAUCAGCCUGGUAAGUCUCCACCUUCAAAACUUGCUAAAUUGUAUACUUGAGUAUGUUUGCUUAAACAUACGUUCUUCUACGUUGAAAUAAAUGCAUUUCUUCUUUUACAGUGUUUGUUUCACUGAAAAACUUGUAAGCUGAGAAUACUCAGGAGAUCCACUUUCUGUAUUCAAAAAUCCAAAUCUCCCAAGUUUAUUUAAAAAACAUGCAAUAAAUAGGGACUCUUGUAACUUUGUCACUGAAACUGUACAGUUUCUGUGCUCGUUUACGCUGCUACUGCUUUUUGGAUUUAAGACCAGAAGUAGCUUGGCUUGUUAAGCAGCACAGCACCAGCACUGGACGAGGUUAUACUAUUUGUUAGGCACAUACAAAGCUUUUUACUAAAUUGUUUUCCUAUUAAGAGGCCAAUUUAAUAUUGAUACUGCAUUGCACGAGUGCUGUAAAUUUUACUUCCCUGUGUGUGGUGCACUGACACUUGAUGGCCUUGUGCAUCUAGUUGCCACUCUUUUUAGCUAGUGGUCAGGAAAUGUUUUAAAUAUUUCAGGUUAUCUUUUUGGUAGAGUUAUAGUUACAUUAUUUCCACUGCUCAUGUCUUUAGUAGCUUACGUACUGUAAAGUCUUGUUUUAUUUGGAUGUGGAAGGUAGUAAAUGUAUGUACCUACAAGUAGCUUGAAUUGAGCUGGUCAUCAUAAGGCUAAACUUCAAAUGGCUCUGGAGGAAUAAGUAGGCUGACCAACUCCUAAGGGCACACAAACUAAACUAAGGUGAAAAAAUUUGUGAUAUAUUACUGGCUAAUUCAAAAGAUGCUUCUUAAACAAGUUCUCAGCAAGCAGAGAAAGAAUGCUGAACCCUUAUUAAUUGCCUGUAUUAUUUCUAGCAAAAAUUUGAAAUUAUAUGUACAGGUGACACUUGAGCAGUCUGAAGAAUUGUUCUAAGAUGACUUGAUUUUAAAAUCUUGUGAUGGCUGAAAAAAAUAAACAAAAGUGCACCU